AAAAAUACCUGUACUGUAACCCAAAAAUUUCAGUUCCAACCUAACAAAUCUCUCUUCCAAACAUACCCUGUUCUGGUUCCGAAUUUCAGAAUCUCCCCAAAAUUUCAGUUCCUUCCGAAUUUGGGGAUUUUUUUCGGAGCCAUCCCUAACGCCGCCGACCAGGAAUUUAACUGCAUUUGGAAAUUUUUGGGAUAAGGGCUUAAUCUGUUUUAUCUGGAGAAAGAUAUGGUUUAUCACUCAAGCUUUAUGGAUGAGGAAAGAGUUACUAAAGCUUGUGGUUGUCCUCUGCUGCCUUUGAAAAGCCAUAUAAAGGGUCCUGCUCCAGUUGGAGAUCAAGAUCAAACUGACAUUGUCGAUGAGGCAAUUACAUUCUUUCGUGCCAAUGUGUUCUUUAGAAACUUCGAUAUUAAGAGUUCAGCCGAUAAGCUCCUUAUUUACCUGACAUUCUACAUUAACGUGGCUUUGAAGAGGCUUGAAGGUUGCAGAACUUUGGCUGAAGGAACCAAGGCAAUCAUUAACUUGGGCCUCGAAAAUGUUCCUGUGCCCGGAGAGUCUGGUUUUCCUUUUCCAGGCCUUUUCCCUCUUCCUCAAUCCCAGAAGGAAGCAGAACUACUCAGGAAUUAUCUGAAGCAGAUAAGAGAGGAAACCAGUGGUCGAUUAUUGAGUGUUGCCUAUAGACCCAAUGGGACUCCGAAUAAGUGGUGGUUGGCAUUUGCGAAAAGGAAAUUUAUGAACAUCAUUGUGCCUUAACUAUUUAUUGUAAGAUGGAACUAGGCACCAGAUUGAAACAAUAAAUCAUUUCUGUAAAGAUUGAUUUUGUCUAGUUGUAAGACUAACACCAAGAAUUACUGGUUAGGGAAGGAUUAUUUGCAUAGCUUCAAGAAUUACUCUUCUCCUGUCAUAUUUUUGCUUUUGAAUAUUUGUAUUGGGAUCAAAUAUGGAAAAAGUUGCAUUCUCAUGUAUUGUUUGCAGGAUACAUAGAUAGCA